CACGUUUGGGUUGCUCGGCCCCGCCCAAUGGCCGUGCGUACGUGCGUCGUCCCUAUGGUGGCGGUGGAUUUGCAGGGUCCGAAGAAUUCCCGGAGUCAGGAAUCACCACUGUCGUCUGUUUCCGGAGCGCCUGUGAUUCGGGCCUUUCUCCGCUAGGAUGUUCCGCCGGGAGCGCUCUAUUCCCCUUCGAUGUUCGGCUGCAGCCCUGUGCAACAACCUCAGUGUGCUGCAGGUGCCCUCCCGCAACCUCACACAUUUUGGGGUAGUCCAUGGACCCAGCGCCCAGCUUCUCAGCGCUGCUCCUGAGGGUGCGCCCUUGGCCCAGCGCCAGCUCCACGCUAAGGAGGGAGCUGGAGUGAGCCCUCCACUUAUCACCCAGGUCCAUUGGUGUGUCCUCCCCUUCCGAGUGUUGCUGGUACUCACCUCACAUCGAGGAAUACAGAUGUAUGAGUCAGAUGGCUCUGUCAUGGUCUACUGGCACGCACUGGACUCUGGAGAUGUGUCUCCAGUACAGGCUGUGUUUGCCCGAGGAAUUGCUUCCAGUGGCCACUUCAUCUGUGUGGGAACAUGGUCGGGCCGGGUACUGGUGUUUGACAUCCCAGCCAAGGGUCCCAACAUUGUACUGAGUGAAGAGCUGGCUGGGCACCAGACAUCAGUCACAGACAUUGCGACCGAGCCUGCCCAGGGACAGGACUGCAUGGCUGACAUGGUGACGGCAGAUGACUCAGGCUUGCUGUGUGUCUGGCGGUCAGGGCCUGAAUUCAAAUUAAUGACCCAAAUUCCAGGAUUUGGGGUCCCGUGCCCUUCCGUGCAGCUGUGGCAUGGGACAGUAGCCGCAGGCUACGGGGAUGGGCAAGUGCGUCUCUAUGAGGCCAGUACGGGAACUCUGCACGUCCAGAUCAGCGCCCACGCCCGGGCCAUCUGUGCCCUGGACCUGGCUCCCGAGGUGGGCAAGCUUCUCUCUGCAGCUGAGGACACCUUUGUACACAUCUGGAAGCUGAGCAGAAGCCCAAAGAGUGGCCACACUGAGGUGGAACACUGUCAUGCUGAGUGUGUACCUGACACCCAGGUGUGUGGUGUCCGAUUCUGUGACCCCUCCGGCAGCUCCUUUGCUGUGACUGGCUAUGACCUUGCUGAGAUCCUGAGAUUCAGCAGCGUGUGAAAGAAGAGCAGCCCGCCUUUCUCCCUGUGGGAUUUAUAAAGUACCCCUGCACCCAGCCCUUGUCUGAUUACUCAGUAUCACAGGCAUACUUCACGACUACCGGUCAACUAAGCUCCAGAGAUGAGGGGAUGGGGCAGGCCCAGACCAAGCAGAGGCAACCUGUCUUCAAGAACCAGCUAUGAAGUAGAUGUUUGGAAGAGGAGCUGUUGGUCACCCGGUUGUUCAAAUCAUCUUCCUGUUCUGCUUGGUCCCCCUACUGUGGACAAUAUUGGCAGGCUGAGGCUCUGCCCUCUUUAUGGCAGCUGGAGGUCAUUCCUCCUCUCUUCCACUUCUUCACAGCCCAGGGGAAAGCACUUGACCUAAGCCAACCAAUGGAAUGCUCCCAACUGGACUUUGAAUCUUGAACACGUGACAACAAGACCCAGGAGAGUUCAUGAUAUAAUUAUCGCACCUGCAGUCCAUGAAGGGCGGGUGGUUGUGCCAGCAGGGAAAUCCUCAUCAGCAGGUUACUGUGGUGUGACUAGUGUAGGGCUCGUGUAAACCUCAGCCACAUGUUCCUACUUCCCGCCUCUCUUGGUUCCCACCCCUUAUCAAAGCAAAGUACAAGAUGAGCCCAAAACAUUUUGUAGUGCUAGGAAGUAAAAAAGUCCUCAAGCAUGAUGGAGAUAUGUCAAAAGGACACAGAAAUCAUCUUAAAGAAAUGCCCACAUUUCUUUAAGCACCAAGAUAAAUAAUGAUAGCAAUGGACUACAACCCACUGACUGAAAUAGGAAACCAUAAUGAUAUAAAUAUAUAUAUAUGUAAAGGAACAUAAGAGAAGAAAGCUCCUCUUCACAGUAGCAUGCCCACUAAUAUAUGUAGAUGGAAUAACGGAAGUAGAAAGAUUCCAUUGGCAAUUAUUACAGUACUGUUGAUUCAUACAGUAUUCAUCAAUGGAUACUAAGCCCAGUGGGUGGAGGUUUGAUGGGGAACAGGAUAUCAGAGUAGUUUCAGGAGUAUUUCCCCAGGAAAAUAGCUCAUUAAUUACAAAAGUGAAAAUGGUGACUUUACAGUGGGGAAAAUGGCAGACACAACCUUGACCAGGUGAUCAAGGUUAACUUCAUCAGUGGUGCCUCCUGAUGUAGAUACACUGAGAAGAACACAGCAGAGGUCAUUUUUGUGUAGUACUCCUGCCAACAAUUAUGAGUCAAGACAGGAACAAAUACCAGAUGGAUCCAGGCUGAGGGACAUCCUAAGGAAUCAAAGGCCUGUACUUUUUUCUUAAUAUUUUAUUUUAAGUAAUCUCUACACCCAAUGUGGGGCUCGAACUUCCAACCCCGAGAUCAGGAGUUGCAUGCUCUAUGGAUUGAGCCAGCCAGGUGUCCCCAAAGGCCUGUACUUCUUAAAACUGUCAAGGUCAUGAAAGAUAGGGGAAGGGUAAGUAAAUGUUCCACAUUAAAGCAGAUCAAAGAGACAUGACAAGGGAAUGUACUGCAUGAUUCUGGAUUCGGAUCCUGGGCUAGAAAGGAAAAGGAGACACUGGGCAGCUGGUGAAACUUGAAUGGGGGUCUGUGGGUUGGAUGGUCAUGCUCUAUCAAUGUUAAUUUCCUGACUGGGAGGGUUGCACAAAGGUUAUAGAACAGAGUACUUAUUUUGAGGAAAUACACAGUGAUAUAUUUUAGGGGUGAAAUGGCAUCAUGUCUGCAACUUUGUCUCAGAUUGAUCAGAAAAGGAAUAAUGAUAAUGAGGGGGAGGGGUAAUAGUAAAUGUUAACAAUUGCAGAAUCUGAUUUUAGGAGGCAAAAGAGUUCUCUGUAUUCUUCCUGCAACUUUUCUGUAUGUUCGCCAUUAUUUCUAAAUAAAUUAUAUUUUAAAAAUAA